GGUAACUAAACUUUAGUUUACUAGUAUUAUUACUAGUUUAGUCUACUGAACUGGUCUCAGCUACCAGUACUGAGUACCACUUGACUUGACUCAGUUAAAGUUAAAUGACUGUCUAGUUGACUUACCAAUUACCAGUACGGCUAUUUAAACAUAUAAAAGUCAAGAUGGACAUAUCUAUUAAGAAAGAAGGAUUGAAGGAAGAAAAAGAAGAAACUCCUGUUAAGUCAAACAAAAAGUCAACAGCCAUUACAGUUGCACAAAUUCAGGAAGACAUUAUCACUGAGCUUGCAUUAAACAAUUGGAGCCAGGAAGCUAAAAACAAGGGCAUAGGGUUUAAGCCUCAGAUAGUCCAUGAGAUCUACCAUAAAGAAUGUAUCGGAUCCAAUUUUACAACAAAAAGAAUCAUGAUGCUGGAAUUCAGUCGGUAUUUGGAGAACUAUCUAUGGCCCAAUUACAAAAAAGGACAGGCAACAAGUCAACAUGUUAUGUCAAUUGCUGCAGUUAUUAAUGAAAAAUUUAGAGAGAGGGUUCCAGCUUGGGAGGCCUUUAAAGAAUCCCCUGAGGAAUUUCCUAAUUUAUUUCGCCAUGUCCUUGAUCUAUGCCUAAGCACAUCUAAGUUAACAUACAGAGAAACAACUGUAUUGCUCAUAUUUCUCAUCCAUUGUUUUAAUAGUUUGGAAGUUGAUUUAAUAAGAGAAAGAGUUCAAAAGCUGGUAUCACUUCCAAUCUGGAUGAAUCUUCUGCCAGGAAGAAGAGAAACUUUGUUUAAAUCUAAUCCUAAAUACAAGAAGUUUUACAAUGCCAUCAAAAAGAGAGAUGCUAAAUUAGACUCGGAAGAGAUGGAGACUGUCCAGUUUGAAAGGAAUUUUCUAGCAAGAUUGAUUGAGAAUUUCUUUUUUAUCUUGGAUUCCAUUACUUUCAAAGGAACUGUUGACCAAAACAAAGUCAAUUAUUGUGAAAGGUUUCUAGAACUUCUCAUUGACAUUGAAGCUCAACUGCCAACUCGUCGCUUUGUCAAUGCUUUGAUAGAUGACAGACAUGUUGUAGUUCGCUGCAAGUUGUCACAGUUAAUUCAUAGGCCGGAAGGAAAGCUUUUUGGUCAGUUACUGGAUAUGUUGGAAUCCUAUGCUCAGUUUGAGAUAGAUGAAAUCACUGGUGAGGCAUUUACCAUGCAUGAUAGAAUAGACUUGCACUACAACAGAGUCAAUGCAUUACAGACAGUUGUAUUCAAACAUUACCCUGAACUGAAGAAUUUUGCCAUCAAGAAUGUAGCAAGUAUUGAUUCUAAAGAAUCACUUCUUAAAUACUUUGAACCUCUCAGCCCAGAAGAUUUGCACAGCAUAUUGGCUCAUCUGAAUUAUCUGCCUCCUUUAGAUGAAAAGAUUACACCAUAUUCUAAAACAUUUCUCAUUGAGCUUUUGAUUUGGAAACAUGAACGUAAAAGAUCACAGCAAGAAGCCAUUAAUGAGAUUCCUCUUUAUCCUACAGAAAAAAUUAUUUGGGAUGAAAAUAUUGUUCCUUCAGAAUUUUUCUCUGGUGAAGGAUGUCUGGCCUUACCAAAGUUAAACUUACAGUUUUUGACACUUCAUGACUAUUUGUUGCGCAACUUUAAUUUGUUUCGUCUUGAAUCCACAUAUGAAAUUAGACAAGACAUUGAAGAUGCUGUCAUUCAUCUGAAACCAUGGAAAGCUGAAGAUGGACAUUGUUUAUUUGGAGGUUGGGCACGUAUGGCACAGCCAAUACAUUCCUUCAGUAUAGUUGAGGUAGCAAAACCACAGUUAGGUGAGAACCAUCCAGCACAGGUCAGAGCUGAUAUCACCUUGAACUUGAGUGUCAAACCAGAUGUUAAAAAUGAAUGGCAAAAUUUAAGAAAACAUGAUGUUGCCUUUUUAAUAACACUGAGACCAGAGGUACCCUUUGGAUAUAAACAUAUUUACAAGCAGCCAUUUAUUCCUCAAGUAGGUCUUGUUUAUGUUAGAGGUUGUGAAAUUGAAGGAUUACUAGAUGAGAAUGGCAAGCUGAUUGAAGAAGGCCCAGAACCAAAACCAGAGUUUCAUACAGACAAUCGUACCUACAGAGUAUGGCUAGAUCCCAAUCAAUACCAACUUGAUAUGGCCAACACAGUCAAUGGAGAAGAAGAUGUGUAUGAAACAUUCAAUGUGAUGAUGCGCAGAAAACCCAAAGAGAAUAAUUUUAAAGCAGUGCUGGAAACAAUUCGAGACUUAAUGAACACAGACUGUGUUGUACCUGAUUGGCUGCAUGAUUUGAUCCUAGGUUAUGGUGACCCUGAUUCUGCUCACUAUUCCAAAAUGCUGAAAGGAAGCUCUACUUUAGACUGGAAUGAUACCUUUCUCAGCCUAGAACAUUUAGAAUCAAGUUUCCCUGAACAUAAAGUAACAGUUUUGGGUGAAAAAGAGACACAAGUACCACCAUUUAAGUUGAUGAUUGAGGAAGAAAAAUCAGAGGGUAAAAGAAACUUGGAGACAGAUACAGAUAAACUUGCUGUGAAGCAGCUCAAAGUAUGGCCUCAUAUCAUUCCCAGCAGAGGACCUUAUAUAUAUAACAAGCCAAAAAAGAAUAGCAUCCAGUUUACUCCCACCCAAAUAGAAGCCAUCAGAGCUGGCAUGCAGCCUGGACUGACUAUGGUAGUUGGUCCACCUGGUACUGGCAAGACUGAUGUGGCUGUACAAAUUAUCUCCAAUAUCUACCACAAUUUUCCAAAUCAAAGGAUGCUUGUGGUGACUCACUCUAAUCAGGCACUCAAUCAACUCUUUGAAAAGAUCAUGGCUCUGGAUGUUGAUGAAAGACAUUUGUUACGUCUUGGUCAUGGUGAAGAGGCUUUAGAAACUGAAAAAGAUUUCAGCAGAUAUGGACGUGUCAACUAUGUUUUGGCCCAGCGUCUGGAACUUUUGCAAGAAGUCAACAGGCUUCAAAUUAGUCUUGGAGAGACAGGUGAUAUGUCUUAUACCUGUGAAACAGCUGGCUACUUUUACAUUUAUCAGAUUUUAUCACGUUGGGAAGAGUUCCAGAGUAAACUGAAACCUUAUAUGGACAAGGACGAACAUGCCAAAAAAAUCCAACAAUUUUUUCCUUUCAAUAAAUAUUUCGCCAAUGCACCUCAACCUUUGUUCAGUGGGAAGUCAUUUGCUGAGGAUAUGGCUGUAGCUGAAGGAUGUUUUACUCACAUAAAUAAAAUUUUCACACAGCUGGAGGAAUUUAGAGCCUUUGAACUUUUGAGAAGUGGUUCUGACAGGGCAAAUUAUUUGUUGAUCAAAGAGGCCAAAAUUAUUGCCAUGACUUGUACACAUGCAGCUUUGAAAAGAAGAGAUCUUGUGACUGUUGGAUUUCAGUUUGACAACAUUCUUAUGGAGGAAUCUGCUCAGAUUUUGGAAAUAGAAACUUUUAUACCUCUCUUGUUACAGAACCCUAAAGAUGGGAAUAACAGAUUAAAAAGAUGGAUUAUGAUUGGAGAUCAUCACCAACUUCCACCAGUUAUUAAAAACAUGGCCUUUCAGAAGUUCUCUAACAUGGAACAAUCUUUGUUUACUCGUCUUGUUAGACUUGGUGUACCAACAGUUGAUCUUGAUGCUCAGGGUCGAGCUAGGUCCAGUCUGGCUCAACUGUACAACUGGCGCUACAAGAAGCUCAACUCUCUACCACAUGUACUGAUAAGACCAGAAUUUAGACUUGCCAACGCUGGUUUCUUAUAUGAGUUUCAGUUGAUUGAUGUGGGUGACUUUAAUGGUGUUGGAGAAUCAGAACCUAAUCCUUAUUUCUAUCAGAAUCUGGCUGAAGCUGAAUAUGUUGUGGCUGUGUUCAUGUAUAUGAGAAUGAUUGGCUACCCAGGUGAACAGAUUUCUAUUCUGACAACUUAUAAUGGACAGAAGCAUCUAAUUAGAGAUGUCAUUCGACAGAGAUGUGGAAAUAAUCCUUUGAUUGGCUGGCCUCAUAAGGUCACAACAGUAGAUCGUUACCAAGGACAACAAAACAAUUUCAUUCUUUUGUCACUAGUGAGAACCAAGGCUGUUGGACAUCUUAGAGAUGUCAGACGUUUGAUUGUAGCUAUGUCCAGGGCCAGGCUUGGACUUUAUAUUUUUGCCAGGUCAUCUUUGUUUAGCAACUGCUUUGAGCUUACACCUGCUUUUAACAUAUUAACAUCUCGAGCUCAAGUUCUCUAUCUCUUGCCUAAUGAACACUAUCCUUGUGAGAGAAAGCUGCAAGAAGUACCAGUAGAAUCUGCCAUGGUAAUUUCUGACAUGCCACAAAUGGCACAAUUUGUGUAUGAUUAUUACAAUGCUAAAGUGGAAGAGCUUAUGAGAGGUAGAGGCUUUAUAAAGGCUAACAAGCUUCAAGCACCACCCAAGUUAGAGAAGAAGGUGGAACAAGGAAAAGUGGAACAGGAAAAAGUGGAACAAGAAAAACAAGAAAAUUGAUUUCAUGUAUUGCUAUGAACUAUUUCUAAAGAAAUGUUUUACAUGUUUGAAGAUGUAAUUAAUUGUUACUCUGAAAUCUUAUUAUUGUUCUUGUCAUUCUAAAUGCAAGGAAACAGACGCAGACCAUUUUGUUAUGUACAUAUUUUAUUUUGUAUUAAAAUGUUUUGUUGUUUUCUGCAAGCUAUACAAGCUGAAUUUUGCCUUUGAAAAUUGAAAAUGUCAUUGUAUCAUUUGUAUAAAACAUGUCAGUUAUUUCAAUGUCAUGUACAAUAUCGUUUUCUAGACCUGAGAAAUUAAUACAUAACUAAUACAUUGAAAGUACACACUGAAA